AUGGACACGGACGGGUCCCCUUUCCGUUUCCUCAGUCGCACUGCAACUGCAGAAAGGAUAAAACAAUGGCGGGAAAGGCACCGCCUUCAAAAGUCGGAGGAAAGGAGAAAUUCAGACGAUGAGGCGGAGAGGGUGGGUGAGAGCCCGGAGGGAAUGUUUGUAUCGGCUAGUGAUACUGGUUAUCCUGAGCCGAGGUUCGAGGACUUGGAGAUCAAGCUCGUUAGAACAAUACCUUUCCUAAAACAGCGCUGGUACGAUUGGGAUAACAUCAAGCAUGGCUCCUUCCGAACACAUCAGGGGCCCCAUUAUAAAGAUGCCCACGAAAUUGAGUUCACUCACAAGCCCACCGGAACGCACUGGACUCUCAGCAUACGCCCCAAAGACUUUCAUCGAUUCUCUGUGCUCCUGUCAGAUCCCGAUAACAACGACCCUCGAUUCAAAAGAAUACAAAAACGCCUUGUGAGAAGAGCCGGCAUCUCCCCAAUUAAAAGGGAUGAAUUGUCUGAGAAGACACGCAAUGGCGAUGAGGAUGAAGUCAAACAUGUUCAUGAAGAAGAUAAUGGACAAUAUUGGACUCCAACAGAAAAGAGGCCAGUCCCGAAGCCAUUGCUAAAAGGCGAACGAAGAGGGGAAGAGCUUGUCGAGUUCUUGCGACGCGUUUUGAAGGAGGUUAAAGAACCAUGGAAUAUCCUAGGAGAAACCUGGGCUGCUGUAGAAGAGAGAAGAAGGGGAAUGAUUGUAUGCGGGCUAAUUGAGCUAUCUCGGACGAGUUUGAUUGGAACGUGGCACGACGGUGUGAAGGGCAAAGAGGGAUGGGUUAAAAAGCGGCGGGGAGGGAGAAAGAACGAUGUCUUUUGUUUCCCGGAUUUUCUUGUACCGCGGACGUCCCAACAGCGAUGGCUGGCUCUGCGUUCAAACUACCUAUUGUACUUUUACUCCCCAAUGGAUAUCACCCCCCAAGAAGUGUUGUUAAUUGAUGGGUACUUUCAGGUCCUGCAUAAAGAUACUCAACGUAAACAGAUGGACUUUCACCCACGUGAUGAGGAUCCCACCGGCAAUCUCGAAGAUCGUGUAUCAGUGCGCCCUGGAGGCAGACAGCAUCAUGCUCUACGAAACGCGUUGGUAUUGAGGCCUUUCAAUAAGCGCACCAAUGAAAUAUGGGUCAAGGACAAGCACCGACUGGCCGUCCUCAAUGGCUUUCGUGAUCUCCUCAUCGAUUUCCACUAUGAAAUAGGCGGACGUGGACGGGCUCGUGUAGCGAGAGAAUGGGUAGCACAGCUUGAACUGCGGCGAGAGCGAACGACGUGGUUCAGGCAGGUGCAGGCAGACGUUGGCCGCUAUGACUCCUUCGCGCCGGUUCGCCUAGGAACUCAUGCAGACUGCGUCAAAUGGAUGGUGGAUGCAAGUGCGCACUUUGAGCAAGUCUAUGAUGCAAUUGUGUCCGCGGAAAAGGAAAUCUUGAUUGCAGAUUGGUUUAUAACUCCCGAAAUCUUUCUGCGUCGAGGUGCUGAUGGCAUACAUAACGAGCACUUGCCCACCCGACUUGAUCGCCUUCUCUUCAAGAAAGCAAACGAAGGCGUUCGCAUCUACAUUCUCUUGUACAAAGAGAUGAACCUUCCUAACGCGUCCUUACACGCCAAGGAGGCGUUCAUGGCUAGAAAAAUGCCGUAUUAUCUUCUUGAUCCCGCUGUGGAAGACCCUAAUGGCGAAUUGGAGCUGAAGGAGAGGAGUAAUAUCGUAGUAUUGAGACAUCCGGAUCAAGGGAGAGGGUUUAUCGGCCCAGUUCUCGAUACGGUCAUGUGGGCACACCAUGAGAAGGCGGCUAUCAUUGAUCGGAAAAUUGCGUUCAUCGGCGGAAUUGACCUGUGCGUUGGUCGCUACGACACUGCAGAACACACUUUGCGGGACGAUCUGGUCUACAAUAGUCAAGGCCACCUUGAACCUCGAACAGAUGGCAAUGAGAUAUCAAACAAGAUUGAAGCAUCCGAGAAGGACUCUAAUCUUCUCAAUGAACAUCAAUCUCACAAACACGGCACAAUUGAAUGUUCCCCGCUUGUGCACGAUGCUUUGCAUUUGGUCAAUGGCGAGCACGCAAAAGACUCUAUCGCCCCGUCAGCUGAGAACGUAGAUGACAGCAAGAAACCAGAAACCGAAAGAAAUGGUGUCAUCAGCACAACUAACAUUCAAGCAGGCACUCCACCGACCUCUCUCUUCAUGCCCACCGAGGGCAAAAUGACUGAAAGGCAGGAUGAAAAUGCAGAUGCACCUAAACGUGCAUUAGAUCAUUUGCCGUCCAAGCCGCUGGCAAACAUUUUUCCUGGGCAGGAUUACAGCAAUCCGCGAAUUAAGGACUUCUUAAAACUUGGCGAGAAACCUUUUGAGGAUAUCAUUCCACGAGACCAUACGGCCAGAAUGCCUUGGCACGACAUCGCAUGUACAUUCCGUAAACGUCCUGGAGAGGAAAACAUUGAAGGCCCUGUGGAUGACUUGGUCUGGCACUUUAUUCAGCGAUGGAAUUUCGCAAAGUGGGAGAAGAAAAAAGCAGACCAUGUCAUUCCGUGGCUUUACCCCAGUCAGUGCUUAAUUCAACAGACGCCGGAGGAGGCAACUGGAUCUCUUCAGAUACAAAUCCUGAGAUCUGCGUCGCAAUGGUCGGCGGGAACUCCUCGGGAGAAAUCCAUCAACAACGCGUACAUUGACCUUAUCCGCAACUCUAAACAUUAUGUCUAUAUCGAAAACCAGUUUUUUAUCACGAAAUUUUCUUCUCCUUCUCCGCAUGUACAGCACCAGUCACCACAAGGAAAGGAGCCCCCCCAUUUCAAUCGCCGCGGUCAAAAGCUUCCUAUCUCCCGUGUUCGAGUCCAUAACCCGAUCGCAUCCACCCUGGCUCACCGUAUUCUGGUAGCGCACGCGAAGGGCGAGCAAUAUAGGGCCUACAUUAUCAUACCUCUUUUUCCUGCGUUUCACGGGGAUGUGACUAAAGGCGAUUCAGAUCCCGCAUUGCCGUAUGUUCUCAGUGCCCAAACGGAAUGCAUCCGAGGGCUAUUGGACGAGCUGGAGAAGGGAGGCAUUAGCAAGGAUCAACUUGGCAAAUAUAUCUGUUUUGUGGGACUUCGAAAAUGGGAUGUCUUGGGUAAUCGGUUGGUAACUGAACAGGUCUAUGUGCAUGCAAAGAUCCUACUUGUUGAUGACCGCUACGCACUCAUUGGAAGCGCCAACAUCAAUGAUCGCUCACAAAUGGGUUCCCGCGACUCUGAACUCGCCAUUCUUUUGACGGACACAAAGGGUAUCACGACGACCAUGGCAUCCAAUCCCUACCCGAACGCCUCCAACUUUGUCUACUCACUUCGUCUCCGCCUGUUUCAUGAACAUCUCGGAGUUCCCUUCCCUCCAGCAAUGACCGAUGUGUAUUCCGCGGACGAAACGCACAAGCCAGAAGAGUACAGCACUGAACCCGCCCUCCUUGACCCUGUCUCUGAUGCCUGCUGGGAGUUUUGGACCACAACAUUGGACAUCAAUACCAGAACGUUGCGCCACGUCUUUCACGUCGUCCCAGAUGACACUGUAAAAAAUUGGAAAGACUACAAAGAUUUCCUUCGAACACGCGGUGGAGAAGUGGAAGAAAACAUGGAAAAGCAUAUGAACGACAUGGCUAAAGAGCAAGGAGUACCUCUUACCCUCCGCGUAAAAGAUUUAAUGGAUGACCAGGAACUUGCUCGAGACACUACCGAAACCGGUGAUGUUCUUCUCAAUGAAAGUGACGGUGACCUUUUGGCAAAAGAGAUUUUGGAGAAGAGGGUGAGGGGGCAUGCUGUCCGUUUUCCUGUCCACUUUUUGGAAGAGGAAGAGCUGUCUCGUUUGUUUAAAGGGUUGCAUCAGUUGGCGCCUCGCAGAGUAUUUACGUAG